AUGUCUUUCUCAGUGCCGGUAGACACUGAGCUCUACGAUCUCCUAGGAAUAUCUCCAAAUGCAAGCCAAGCCGAUAUAAAGAAAGCGUAUCGCAAGAAGGCAAAAGAACACCAUCCGAACAUCAAUGAUCCAGAAGCAAGCCGCAAGUUUCAAGAGAUGGCAUCUGCUUAUGACAUCCUGAAUGACCCUGAUUCUCGGUCUGCCUACGAUGCGGGAGGAAUGGCGGGUCUACGCGGUGGCGGUUCCGCUGGAAUGGACGACAUUUUCAGUCAAUUCUUUUCAAGUUCAAGUUUCGGUUUUGAGUUUGAUCUUGGUGGAGGUGCAAGUCGGCGUCGGACAAAAGGCCAAGAUUCUAUCAUUUCAUAUGACGUGACGCUUGAAGAUCUCUACAACGGGAAGGCCGUGAAAAUGAAUAUGGAGAAAGACGUUGUUUGUGGUGCAUGUAAAGGAACCGGGACCCGAGGAAAUGCAAAGCCAAAGCAGUGUGCCACAUGUGAAGGCAAGGGCUGGACAUUUGUCCAUAACCAGGUGUCUUCAUCACGGAUCGGAACAACAAGAGCAACAUGUCACGAUUGUGAGGGCAAGGGAGAGAAAAUCAGAUCGAAAGAUAGUUGUAAAAAGUGCAAGGGCGAGAAAACCGUGCACGAAAAAACUCGCCAAGAAAUUUUUAUUGAAAAGGGUAUGACGGACAGACAGCGAAUCGUGUUACCUGGCGCAGGAGACCAAGAGCCCGGUUUGCCCGCCGGCGAUGUGGUCUUUGUCCUUCAUGCGGCACAUCACGAAUCUUUCGAGCGAUCAGGAAACGACCUCCUUACCAAUGUCAAAAUCACACUCUCGGAAGCUCUCUUUGGAUUUUCUCGGAUACUUGUCACACACCUCGAUGGUCGGGGAAUCAAAGUUACUAGUCCUCCUGGUAAGAUAUUAAAGUCAGACGAUUCGAUCGUGCUGCGAGGUGAGGGCAUGCCUAUUUACAAGAGGCCGGACGAAAAGGGAGAUCUCUUCGUCGUCUUCGAGGUCGAGAUGCCAGAUGAACAAUGGUUAAAGAAUGUUGAUCGGAAGGCUUUGGAGGCGCUCCUACCACCCAAGAAAACUGAUUUGGAUCCCCAACCUGAAAUUGUUGAUGCUGUAGACUUUGAAGAAAGUGAUAUUGUGGAUUUCGGUCAAACGGAAGAUGAUUGGGAAGAUGACGAUGACGAUGACGACGGUGAUAUGGAGCCAGAAUGCCGACAGCAGCUGUAUCGUGGGUGCUUCAUUACAACUGGGUCCAUUGUAACGCCGUCGUUUCUCGGAGUGCUGGACAAUCAUUUCAUAGAUUUAUUGAAUCUUCCUUGCCUACCGCGCAGUAUCAUUUCGCAGGAGAGGCGAGUAAAGCUCGGGAAAGGUAGGCCUAUAGUCACCGAUGCUGAGAAGCUGCGUGAAGAUACGCGACAACUCGCACUCAAUCGAAGCCAUUAUUCAUUCACGACAGGAGGUAAUAUUCCGGGCUCUCGACCAGUUCCUGAUGGAGAACGGCUCCUUGACACCGACUUCCUUCAUGAUUUCGCAAGCUCAACCAGUUCCACGCUCUCCCUUGUAUCGCCUUCCUUCCCCCCAAGACACGCAGUAGGCGUUAUUCUUUACAUUCUUCAACCCAUGCAAGGGUUAGCAUACACCAAAGCUGUCGUAUUGGAUGGAGAGACCCCAAAUGAGUGCGGCACCCCCGUCAGCAACUUCGACGAUAUUCCAAUAGAUCCUGCGCUAUGCGGGCCAGCGAGAGCGCCCAAUCAUGUUUCGGUUGAGCAGAGUACAAUUGACGUCGAUAACUCCACGUUCAGUCACGGGCCACAGGAAUAUUUACCAUACUCGCAGGGACCCCAAGGUGAUCCGUUCGCUCAGCCACCCCCAGCCUAUUUUCCCGUACCAGAAACACAGGCUCGCCUUUCUCCGCCGCCCACGAAACGAAGAAGGAAAGAGGUGAUACGCGAAAUGAUAUGCCGCACAUGCAAAGGGAAUGAUAACCAAAACAGCCGUGGCGCUCCCGAGCCCAUGCUUUCCUGCGGCGAGUGUGGUCAUAGUGGCAAGUCUCUUUCCGUUCAUCCCUCAUGCAUGAAGAAUUUUGUCCUUACCCGUCCUGAUAUUCUCUACUCCGUUAAAUGGGCCUGCCCGGACUGCAAGAAGUGUGAAAUAUGUCAGAAGAAAGGCCGAGGAAACAGGAUGUUGUUUUGUGAUCUGUGUGAUAGAGGCUGGCAUAUGUAUUGCAUGAACCCCCCUGUUGAAGACGAUCCCGAAGGUGCUUGGUAUUGUCCCCAGUGCGUGCUCCUGGAUCAAGAGUUGCCGGUGACGCCUCAACAUGAUACUCCAUUUCAACAACCAUCUUCCCCACUUCCCCACCGCGAACCAUCUGUCGCAUCAUCGUCGCGAUCUCACGUCGCUUCAAAAAAUGGUCGUGCGAAGACUCGAAGUACGGGAAAGGGCAAAGGAAAGGCUCUAGCUGUAAUCACAGACGAUUCCGAGUUCGACGUUGAAGUCGAUGUUGAGCGGGAGCUGGAGACGCCUAUUGCAACAGGAAGGCCCGUCAGAAAUAAGAGACCUACCAAGAGGAAAGCUGCACAAUCGAGGAACGAAGAUUACUCCGAAGAUGAGGUUACCCUAUCUGCUCGUCAGCCCAAGCGAAGGCGCACAGACGUCUCUUCUGCGACAGCGCCGAUAUCUACUCUUCCGCGUCUAACCUUUAGAUUAUCCACUCAACAAAAAGGAAAGGGGAAGGAGCGGGAAGAAGAGGAUAAAGGAAUGUUUGAUGAUUUCUUGCUGCCAGAGCAGAGGGACACGAUGAAGACGACAAUAGAUGGGCCGGACAGGCAGAGGUUUGAUCGCACACGCCAAUUGGCAGAGGCCAAGCUGGCAGCAAGGGUGCCCCCGCCACCCACAUCAGCAUCUGAAGAAGCGGAAUCUUCUUCCUCUGUAUUACAUCCAACACGACUACGGUUGGCAGCACUAGCAAACCAAACUGCACCGAUAUCUGGCCCUUCAGCAUCACCAGGUCCCUCAACCCCGACGCCACUUCUACCAAUCUCUGGCCCACGCGUUAAAGUAAUCCAUAUCGGAGGAUACGACGUCAAGACCUGGUACGAUGCCCCAUUCUCUGAGGAGUAUUCUUGCAUACCCGACGGAAAGCUGUGGAUAUGCGAAUUCUGUUUGAAGUAUAUGAAGAGCAAGUUUGGAUAUAAUCGACAUCGGAUGAAAUGUAAAGCACGUCAUCCACCCGGGGAUGAGAUAUACAGGGAUGGCGAUAUAUCAUUAUUUGAGGUUGAUGGACGAAAGAACAAGAUCUACUGCCAGAAUCUAUGCUUGCUUUCCAAGAUGUUCCUUGAUCAUAAAUCAUUAUUUUAUGACGUCGAGCCGUUCCUGUUCUAUGUGAUCACUCAGGUGGAUGACGAUGGGGCUCGAUUCAUUGGAUAUUUUAGUAAGGAGAAGUGUAGCGUUAAAGACUACAACCUUAGUUGCAUAAUGACGCUUCCGACGCGUCAACGCCAGGGAUGGGGCAAUUUCCUCAUUGAUUUCAGCUACUUGUUAUCUAAAAAGGAACAGCGGCUGGGUUCUCCGGAAAAGCCACUGUCUAGUCUGGGUGCAUUGGGCUACAAGAACUACUGGACGUUAUCCUUGAUGCGAUACCUCGAGAAUGGACCUGAACACCCGCGGCUCGAAGGUGACGGAAUCAACAGAGACAUAAGCGCAGCGACGUCUAUGACAAUAGAAGACGUCUACAACACGCUUGUUCAACAGGACAUGAUCACUAUUCUCGAAGAAGACAACCUUGUAGCCAAGCCUUCUCCGGGACAGUCUAUCAAGAUCAACCGACGCAAGACAGGUGGGACGCGAAAUAAUAUUGCACGACGGCUGCAACGAGCGAUGACCAAGGAGGAGCCAAAACCAAAGGGACCGUUCGUUCCUCCUCUACGGUACGAAAUCAGCUGGGAUACUGAGAAGGUGGAUCGGGCCCUCAGCCAUUGGGAGUCAAAGGGUCAGUUGAAGCUGAAGCCUGAGAAACUUAAGUGGAGCCCUUAUUUGCUGAUGAGGGAGAGCAAAGCAGAGAUGCAGGAGACAGCUGAGGGUGACAAGGUAGUAGAGAAUGAGGGCUCAGCUGCCGAUGCCAUGGCCGUCGGGCUGGCAUUGUUUGAUGAUGAUGUCACCCCAGUGGAUGAUGUUUCUCCAUUCAUGCCAACGGAGGUGGAAGCCUCGCCAGUGGAUCUGUUUGCAGAUGAUAUCGUGGUAGAAAAGUCGACUCGUGCGAGGUCGAAGGCGAAGUCUACAACACCGACGCCAUUUCAGCCCCCCAAGAAGGCGACUGGGCGGAGAAAGGUGGCUAAGGGAACCGCUUCUGUUUCAGCGCCAAUCCUGGAAGAGCCAACAUCGGAGGUUGAUGACAUGGAUGUGCCUCCGCCAUCCCCCUCGCCAACUGAGCCCGGGUCGCAAUCAAAUGGUGUCCCUGUGCCUAUGGUUGACACCCUGGAUCGUCCGGCUGCACCGACCCGUCGACAAAACCGGCGCGGCGCCGCGAAUGUAAACGGGGUUGACGAGGAGUCAUUUCCGCAGUCGCUAGUGGCAACGAUGUCGGGGGCGUAUAGUCAGAACGGAGAUCUUGAUAGCUCCGUAACGGUGACACCCAGGCGUCGAAGCCAACAGAAUGGCAACGCUAACAAUCCCGCCCCGCAGAGACGCCGUGGUCGACCCAAGAAAAAUCCACCCGAGAGCGAGAGUAGAAGAGCAGAAGAAGAGCACCGAGAGAAGGCUGCGAAGUCAAAUAAAAAAGCGGCGGCGUUAAUGGUGACUAUUCCGGGGACCGGGAACAGGGUAACACAGCGAACGGCGAAGGAGGGGAUGAACGCGUCGCCUGCAACUGAGGGGGCUACAGCAGCGUCGGCCCCUGCAUCUCCGUGUCCUCCACCGGAACCGAUCAAAAGUCCAGAAGCCGAGGUGACGGUUCAAGUUGAAAGCCUUGAACCCGCAUCUCUUUCGGAGGCUGCAACUGUCUCUUCCUUCCCCGGAGAUCGGCCAGUAGUCGUGAAUGGAGAUGAUGCGGAGGAGGCAACGACAGUGGGAAAGGGUGAGCACGAGGAUGACGUAAAGUAUGAAGAGGUCGGCACGCCAUUAACGAGUCUGACGAGUCGGCAGAGUGUCCCGAGUGAUGAUACUUUAUUUGUGGUGGGAGCAGGAGUGAAGGCAGUGGGCGACCUCGAAGAAGAAGACGCAGACGCAGACUAUGAUCCGGAUGUUGAGGAGCUGGAAGUACAACCUAGUAGCGAACCACUCGUCUUGGGUCAGUUUGAACGACGAGCUGAACGGCUGAACGACGGUCGAGCGAUCCAACCCAGCAUGGCUACCCAAAAUGAGGCUGGCUCGAUGCAGUACACGAUAACGCCGAGCGACUCGCGCAGGGACGGAGGACUGGAUGGUUCAUCGCACCAGAGUCUCGGACAAGCCCUGGGCACCCAUCUGCCCCCGUCAGCUUACCACCCCCAGCGCUCCAGCGACUACCGUAUCUCCCCGUCCCCGUCUCCCAUCCACCCCCACCACCCACAUGCACACCCCCAUCCUCAUCAUCCCCAUCCACAGAACGGCGGCGCGUCCUCGUCCUCGUCGUUCACCAGCCAGACAUCCCCGACUAUGUCUCUCAAACGAAAGCUCGUCGACGGUGCUCAGCAGCAGCAGCUCUCCAUGCAGAAACGCCGUCGUGAUGCUGAAGACUCCGUUGUAGACGGCUUUGACGGUGGCCAGGGUGCCAAGCAUUGGACUGACGACGAAAAGUCCAAGCUCUUCAACUGGCUCAUGGGCCCUGGCCAGGAUGAUCACUGGAAUUCACUCCGUGCUACCAAGAAUUCCUGUCUCCGAGAGUGCUCCAUUCAAGUAUUUGGCAGCAAGAAGACUUAUCAGGCGCUUAAAGGCUGUUACGAACGCAAUUUUAAUCUAUUCAAGCAGAUCUACGCGUUCGAGUCGUGGCAUUCCCACCAGCUAAAUGGCGGCAUCGUAUCCAUCAAUGGUUUGAGUGAAGCCGACCGCCUCAAGGAGUACGAGAGACGUCUUCAGGGCGCCAAGAAAGCUGGAUGUGAUGUCGGCAACAUCACCGCAAGAACCAUAGAUCACUGGCAUCGUGUGGGCUGGUAUCAGCUAUUCUACACGCGAUGGCACGGUGAUCCAGCGACCACGCGUCCUAGCGUUCAGCGCGUGGGCUCCGCGGUCAACGGUGCUGGGCCUGUCGGUGAUGAUCCUGAUCCCGUAGACGUCGAUGAUUCCGGAAUCGACUUCGAUUCGAACCUCGCAGCACUAAGCAGCUCGCAUGAACCGUUAACAUUCAUUAACGCCCCCCCAGCUCCGAGCCCAGCAACCAUACCACCCCCACCUCCACCGCCGCCGCCAAUACCGUUAUCCCCCCAUUCAAGUCACACUAAUCACACGACUAGUACUGCCGUCGAACCGCAUGGCAACAUUGCACUCUCCCAGGGCAUGCUAAACGCCUUUAUGCAAUUUUUGCAGAUACAAACCCAGACCGGUAAAAUGAAAUUGGAUUACUUGAGAAGACGAGAAGAGAGAGAAGAGAAAGAGAGUUCCCAGAGGAGAGAGCUGGAGCGGCUGAGAAUUGAGAGGGAACAGGCAGAGUUUGAGCAUACAAAACAGACUGCGAAUUUAAAGCAGAAGGCUGAUAGGGCUAUUGCCCUCUUGGAAAACCCCAACGUCGACCCUUCUGUGAAGGCUGCAGCCGGCGACUAUUUGAAGAAGUUCACUGUACUUUGCUAUCGAUUACAAUCACUUUACGGAUCCAACCCGCCGGACGUCCGAUACAGUUUUUUUUUUGAGAAUGUCCCAUGGGACGAGUGUGGACCACGGAUGAACUAUGCCCUUUUUGCCGAGUCGAUUGUCGCUGGAAUUUGCACUCUCAAGGCGAUAGAUCUUGACAAUGAAACAUAUGGACAGGGUGUUGGUUACGUUCAGAAGGCAGGUAGCGCGAAUGGGCAGAAAACUUUAAAGCGAUUCAGAAAUGCCCCCGCAGCAGCAGCGACCUUAUUCGAGUCAUCUGCGCUAGAGCGAAGAUCGUUUGGGUUUGUAACGCGUGAGUAG